GGUCCAGUCCUCUCGGCCGCCGCCGCCGGCCGAGACCCCAGACGGUGGUAAGGCAACUUCGUUUUGCUGCCGCCGUACCAUCAAGAGUGCGACACCGACAUAGAUCCUCUCCUACGUGCGCCUGAGGCUCGCCGCGCCGCAGUCCGCAGCCGUCCUCUUGCAGAUACAGAGCCUACGGCGUCGAGAACCACCGGAGCCCAUGUUUGCUCGUUCAUGUGAUUCUGGUGUGAUCAGUUUGGUGUAUGUAUGUGAAGGCUCGUUUAAUUCCAGAGCUCAUGGGCUAAGAAAUCUCUCUUCCGUAAACAAAUACAAUACAACCAGGCAAGUGACUACCAACCUCAAAUAGUUCCAUAUGUUUCUUUUGAUCAUACAAAGUACAGUGCCUUUUUUCCUCUGAUGCCUGAACUUUCAUACUGCGGUUGGUUUGUACACUUUAUGUCAUCAAGUAGGAGUAUACUGCACCAUCAGCAAUAUCUUCAGCCGUGAGGUCUAAGAUGUGUUGUUAUGUGUGUAUGUGUGCCAAGCUUGAGAUUAAAGGGCAGUGUAUUACCUCUUUCCAUGGAAUACAAGAAGUCGUUAAGCAUUAGUGACAGUAAAUAUGGCCAUUAACCAGCAAUAAGUAACAAAACAUUAAGCUUCAUUAACUUGUUGUGUUGAAGGGAACAACAAGUCUUGUCUAUGACUCUACUAUAUAGCAGCAGUACGGCAUCCUGUACAGUUCUCCUUUCCAAGACAUGCAGGCAGAUGACAAACUCGCUACUCAAAUCUCUCUCCCUCCAUCUUGCAUAGCUUCUGAGAUCGCCAUGGAUUUCAGCUGCUUUCAGCCCCACACGGGGAUCUGUAGCUACCUGCCAUUCGAUUCGUACAUGCAGCAUGAUGGACAGUAUGAGCUCCAUCUCCAUCCUGCUGAUCACCAUCCGCUUGAAGUUACUGGAGACUACACUUCUGCGACGUUCGACGACCUUGGACACGAGUUCUUUGCAGAAAGAGAAAUCGAGAAGCCCAUAUUCAACCGUACUUCAUCGAUUGGUCGUAGAGUUGGGUCUCAACUACCUCUGCCGACUAUCAAAACUGAGGUUUCUCAUCUCAUAGACAGUGGCCUCGUAUCAUGUAAGGCGUAUGAGAUAAAUGACAGGUUUCUGGCAAGAAAGAAGACCUCUUUGAAGAAAGCCAAUGUCGUGAAAGGGCAGUGGACACCAGAGGAAGAUAGGAAGCUGGUAAAAUUAGUGGAACAGUUUGGACUGAGGAAGUGGUCGUACAUAGCACAACUGCUGCCAGCAAGAGUGGGAAAGCAAUGCAGAGAAAGAUGGCACAACCAUUUGAGGCCAAACAUCAAGAAAGACAUUUGGAGUGACGAGGAAGACAUGGUUCUGAUAGAAGCCCACAAGGAGGUGGGCAACAAAUGGGCAGAGAUAGCCAAGCGGCUACCCGGCAGGACCGAGAACUCCAUAAAGAACCACUGGAACGCAACGAAGCGGAGGCAGUUCGCGCGGAGGCGGAGCCGCACCAGCUCCAAGGCGCCCAAGCCAGGCACCCUUCUGCAGAGCUACAUCGAAGGCCUCGGCAUUGUUGGCCCGAGCGACAAGAGUGCUGCGCCACUUUCUGAACCUACACUGUCGCCUGAAGCUCCCGGAGCAAAGUCGGCAAAGACCGGUGGAACAACGCUACCGGAAGAACACAGCCCGCCGUCCAACAUGCUGGAUUCCCAAGGCGUUCUUCUUCCCAGCGAAGAGCUUCUUGCCCCAAUCUGCGACGAACUUCUAGAUGGAAUGUGUGGCGGUCUUUUCGACUGCACGAACGAGGACGCCUUCUUCCGUGUGUGCGCUGUGGACGAUGACAUCGACGUGAGCUACAUCUUCGACCAUGCGAUCAAGGUCGAUCCUGAGAUAGACAUGGAGAUGAUGAUGAUGUGGGAUGACGACGCCCUCGCGUGUACUGCUGGACCUGCUGCUGGAACAGCUCAUGUCGAGACCGUGCAUGUGAAGGAGGAGAUGGACCUGAUGGAGAUGGUGGCAGCCACGCAGAACUGUGGCGAAGCAGAAAAUCACUAGAGAAGCAAUUAUAUAGAUGUGAUCGCACGACCUACAGAUGUAACCACAUGCAGUACUAUAGGGUAUCCAUAUAGAACAGCACGACCUUUUGGAUCGAUGUGUCCUUCCUGUCCUGGUGAGUGGUCUCCACAAUCAGUAACAAAAAAAUAAAGCUUCAAAUGAAGCAUACUUGGUUCACAUGUGUGUAUAUAUUACUGUAUUUGCAGAUCUUAUGAUAUACACGCGGAGUGUAUAU